AUGACGUUUGACAUUCCAGUUGCAGUUACUGACGUCGAGUCAAAGAUUUUUGUAACCCGCAAGUGGAUAUUUCCAAAGACUUCACUUUCGGGCCAGCGAUUACCUCAAUUGACAUUGUUCGGCACAUCACGCGCUGCCGGCGCAACUGCAUUCUAUGUCCCAGAGUUGGAUUUCUUGUUCGAUGCAGGACAUAAAGUACACUCUUCUCACCCAUCGCAUGUGUUUAUUACACACACUCAUAGUGAUCACUGCCUGGAUCUAACGCACCACGUGUCCAAGUACAGACCACCGAAUGUCUACAUACCGACAGAAUCUCACGAAUUCGUGACCGACUAUGUUAAAGCCGCUCAGGCAUUAACUGAAUAUAACAGGAAUGGUCCAAAGAACUCGAAUACGCAUGGCGUUUCUCCUGGAGAUACAGUAACGAUCGGUAAUAGGUACGAAUUAUAUGUGACUGAGAUGGAUCAUUCGGUACCCUGCGUUGGAUACGUUGUAUCAAGCAAACGCCAACGGCUCAAACAGUCACUUCAACAUCUCUCUGGUAAAGAAAUCGCAGCCCUCAAGCGGGACGAUCCACUUGUGGAAAUUAUGGAAUCAUAUACAAUGCCGCUGUUUGCGUUUAACGGAGACACUACAACAAAACCAUUCGAACAAUACAAGGACCUUUUUUCUAGUGUUCCCGUAGUCAUUACCGAAUGCACCUUCUUGCACGAGUCGCAUGAGGAGAAUGCAGACAAGACAAAACAUACGUCAUGGACAGCAAUCAGUCCAUUCAUAAGAGAGAUGAAAACGACAUUAUUCGUAUUGAUUCAUUUUAGUUAUCGGUACAGCGAUAGAGCAAUAAGAGAGUUUUUUGAAUUGGAAAGGCAGAGAUGGAAGGAUGAGUUUGGAGACGAAUUGAAUAAUAUUGUCGUUUGGGCAUGA